AUGUCAACUGCCACCGCCCCACGACUAUCCGUCCCCAAAUCCGGGGCAAGCUACCAGCCCGCCGCCGCUCCGGCGGCCAAGAAGACCGUCUCCUUCGUCGGCUACACGAGGCAGCAGGCGGCCCAGGCGUCAGGGCUACUACGGCUGUCCACCAGCAGGUUCGUGGCGGCGUCCGCGGCGGCCGUGCACAAGGUGAAGCUGGUCGGGCCGGACGGGGCGGAGCAGGAGUUCGAGGCCCCCGAGGACACGUACAUCCUCGAGGCGGCCGAGAACACCGGGGUGGAGCUGCCCUUCUCCUGCCGCGCCGGGUCCUGCUCCACCUGCGCCGGGAAGAUGUCGAGCGGCGAGGUCGACCAGUCGGAGGGGUCGUCCCUCGAUGAGGGCCAGAUGGCCCAGGGGUACCUCCUCACCUGCAUCUCCUACCCCAAGGCAGACUGCGUCAUCCACACCCACAAGGAGGAGGAGCUGUAUUGA